AUGGAAGGAAGUGCGUCACGCCUCUGCACCGACGAGGACGGAAGGAAAGUGGUGAAGAAGAACAGAGGAGAGAGGAGUGGAAGAAGACCACAUGUAUUUACAUCUGUGGUCCUCUCCCUCCCCCGUGGACACCCCUCCCUCACCUCUCUCCCCCGUGGACACCCCUCCCUCACCUCUCUCCCCCGUGGACACGCCUCCCUCCCCCACAGACACACCUCCCUCACCUCUCUCCCCCGUGGACACGCCUCCCUCCCCCACAGACACACCUCCCUCACCUCUCUCCCCCGUGGACACACCUCCCUCCCCUGUGGACACCCCUCCCUCACCUCUCUCCCCCGUGGACACCCCUCCCUCACCUCUCUCCCCCGUGGACACCCCUCCCUCACCUCUCUCCCCCGUGGACACCCCUCCCUCAUGGACACCCCUCCCUCAACUGCCUCCCCCGUGGACACCCCUCCCUUCCCUGUGGACACCCCUCCCUCACCUCUCUCCCCCGUGGACACCCCUCCCUCACCUCUCUCCCCCGUGGGCACCCCUCCCUCACCUCUCUCCCCCGUGGACACCCCUCCCUCACCUCUCUCCCUCGUGGACACCCCUCCCUCACCUCUCUCCCCCGUGGGCACCCCUCCCUCACCUCUCUCCCUCGUGGACACCCCUCCCUCACCUCUCUCCCUCGUGGACACCCCUCCCUCACCUCUCUCCCCCGUGGACACCCCUCCCUCACCUCUCUCCCCCGUGGGCACCCCUCCCUCACCUCUCUCCCCCGUGGACACCCCUCCCUCACCUCUCUCCCCCGUGGGCACCCCUCCCUCACCUCUCUCCCCCGUGGGCACCCCUCCCUCACCUCGCUCCCUCGUGGGCACCCCUCCCUCACCUCUCUCCCCCGUGGACACCCCUCCCUCACCUCUCUCCCUCGUGGACACCCCUCCCUCACCUCUCUCCCUCGUGGACACCCCUCCCUCACCUCUCUCCCUCGUGGGCACCCCUCCCUCACCUCUCUCCCCCGUGGGCACCCCUCCCUCACCUCUCUCCCCCGUGGACACCCCUCCCUCAUGGACACCCCUCCCCCUCACCUCGCUCCCUCGUGGGCACCCCUCCCUCACCUCUCUCCCCCGUGGACACCCCUCCCUCACCUCUCUCCCUCGUGGACACCCCUCCCUCACCUCUCUCCCUCGUGGACACCCCUCCCUCACCUCUCUCCCUCGUGGACACCCCUCCCUCACCUCUCUCCCUCGUGGGCACCCCUCCCUCACCUCUCUCCCCCGUGGACACCCCUCCCUCAUGGACACCCCUCCCUCAACUGCCUCCCCCGUGGACACCCCUCCCUCACCUCUCUCCCCCGUGGGCACUCCUCCCUCACCUCUCUCCCCCGUGGGCACCCCUCCCUCACCUCUCUCCCUCGUGGACACCCCUCCCUCACCUCUCUCCCUCGUGGACACCCCUCCCUCACCUCUCUCCCCCUGGACACCCCUCCCUCCACCUCUCUCCCCCGUGGGCACCCCUCCCUCACCUCUCUCCCUCGUGGGCACCCCUCCCUCACCUCUCUCCCCCGUGGGCACCCCUCCCUCACCUCUCUCCCUCGUGGACACCCCUCCCUCACCUCUCUCCCCCGUGGGCACCCCUCCCUCACCUCUCUCCCCCGUGGGCACCCCUCCCUCACCUCUCUCCCCCGUGGGCACCCCUCCCUCACCUCUCUCCCCCGUGGGCACCCCUCCCUCACCUCUCUCCCCCGUGGGCACCCCUCCCUCACCUCUCUCCCUCGUGGACACCCCUCCCUCACCUCUCUCCCCCGUGGGCACCCCUCCCUCACCUCUCUCCCUCGUGGACACCCCUCCCUCACCUCUCUCCCUCGUGGACACCCCUCCCUCACCUCUCUCCCUAGUGGACACCCCUCCCUCACCUCUCUCCCCCGUGGGCACCCCUCCCUCACCUCUCUCCCUCGUGGGCACCCCUCCCUCACCUCUCUCCCCCGUGGGCACCCCUCCCUCACCUCUCUCCCUCGUGGACACCCCUCCCUCACCUCUCUCCCCCGUGGGCACCCCUCCCUCACCUCUCUCCCCCGUGGGCACCCCUCCCUCACCUCUCUCCCCCGUGGGCACCCCUCCCUCACCUCUCUCCCCCGUGGGCACCCCUCCCUCACCUCUCUCCCCCGUGGGCACCCCUCCCUCACCUCUCUCCCCCGUGGACACCCCUCCCUCACCUCUCUCCCCCGUGGGCACCCCUCCUCUUCCUGUCAGUGAGUGUCUGUGUUGGUGCUGUCAGGGACAGAGGCUCUCAGACAGAGAACCUACAGAGAACCUACAGAGAACCUACAGAGAACCUGACAGAGAACCUACAGAGAACCUGACAGAGAACCUAACAGAGAACCUGCAGAGAACCUACAGAGAACCUACAGAGAACCUGCAGAGAACCUACAGAGAACCUGACAGAGAACCCGACAGAGAACCUACAAAGAACCUACAGAGAACCCGACAGAGAACCUACAAAGAACCUACAGAGAACCUGACAGAGAACCUACAAAGAACCUACAGAGAACCUGCAGAGAACCUACAGAGAACCUGCAGAGAACCUACAGAGAACCUGACAGAGAACCUACAGAGAACCUGA